UGGGCCAACCUCCCUGUGCCGCGGGCAGCAGCCGAGCGCUGCGCCCCACAGCCCCCGCUGGGCGCGCAAGGCCGCCCCUCGGCCCGCCCAGCGGCACCAGUGCCCCGGCCCGGCCCGGCCGCAGGGAGGGCGGGAGAGAGGGAGGAGCCGCCUCGGCGCCAUGGCUGCCGUCUGCCCGCAGCCUCCUGCCGCCCGGGGCUGGGGCGGGCUCUGGAGACUCUGCAACCUGCUCAUGGCCGCCUUCUUCGGGCUGGCGGCCGCCGUGCAGGUAAAUGACCCUGACGCUGGACUGUGGAUAGUGGUCUAUUCUGUACCAGCUGCCCUCACACUGCUUGUGGGCUAUAGCCCAUCAAUUACAGAUAAUGUUGUUUGGAGGACUCUGUCUGAUCUGCACUCAGUUGCUUGUGUCAUGGGGACCAUUGCCUUGGGGUGCUCUUUGUUUGCUUACACACAAGCUAAUAUCUUGCAUGAAGAGGAAGGCAGGGAGUUAUCUGGUCUGGUGAUUAUUGUAGUAUGGAUGAGUCUCUGUCGCAGUUCAGCAAAAAAUCCGUUUGGAGGAAUUCGGCUGUUGGUUGCAAUUUCUCUUUCUCUCGUUCCUUUUGUAAUGUGGCUGUACAUUUAUGUGAACAAAGAAGUGCGAUCAUCUUGGCCAACACACUGCAAAACAGUGAUUUAACUACAUGGGAAGAAACUCACACAAUAAAUAUUUUAACAUCUA